AUGAAGUCUUCCUCGCCUCGCUACUGCCCAUAUGCGAAACCGGGCACAUCGUCUCCGAUCUCGCUGCCAUCUAUCAACACCGUACUCCCGCCAUCAUCACCGUAUUCGACCCCGGUCUCACCCGCAUCAAGCUACUGUACAUUCUCACCCGAGUCGGGCACUGUCACUCCACUUUCUCAGCCACUGUUCAUACAAACCGACGAUUCCUACUGGUACGGUAGCUCUACGCCGUACACGUAUGAUGUAUGUAAAUUUGGUUCACCACCUAUCAUCUCAAUUCCAUAUCCAUAUUCUCAACUUCCCAAUGGACAGGUUUUUUCCUCGUGUUAUUGA